AUGCGGCGCGAUUCGAACGGCGCGGGCGUGUGUAUAGCGCAAAUAACAGACGUAAAGCCGACGGCGGCACCUCGCGCGAACUGCGGCGCGAGGCGCGAGCCGGGAGGACGGAGGACGCGCCGCGGCCCCUCGCCGCUCCCUCCGGCGUCGUGCUCCCGCUCCCGGCACAUGUCCUCCUUGCUCACUCGAUCCUGGGAAAAACGUCAAGGAAAGUUAUCAAAUGGUUAUGUCGUAGGAAGAACAGAUAAAACGGGAACGUUUUUGGACAUCACUACGAUAGAACAAAUAGUAAGAAUCGUUUCUUUGAAAUCGGAUAGUUCUCCACCGGAACCAACUAAAACAAUUAAUCAGGCCCAAAGAACUGUCGAAAAACCUACUUUUUCUAAGCUUAACUCAGCUAAGAUCGACAAAUUAUUUCAAAAGAAAAAAUCUAGUGACAAUGAAAGAAGUGCAAGUUUAAAUAAAAAGCCGCCUUCAAAACUUCAUAAAAAUGAUUUGAAAAUCAUUUAG